CUGGUCUGUCCCUCUCUCACAGACAGUGAUGCCAACAAAUUAAAUUAAAAAAAGAGUUUACAGGCUCCAGAAAGAACACCUCUGAUGUUCAUUUCGCACCGCAUGGAACCACUCUCCGCAGGAGAAACCACCAUCUCCAUCUAACCUAAAGUAAACCCUUCUCUUCUCGAUUAACAAUAAGAAACGAAAUUCCAAAAAUCCGAUCAGGCAAAAAGGAAAAACCCUAGCUCUUCCACUCCCGAAAGGACAACAAAAAGAAAAUGGCGCUCUCGGAGGAAGAGUGCUCGACCGCAAAAGCAUCUUCCUCUUCGCCUUCAUCUUCGUCGGCGACUGCUUCUUCCCAAGGCGUUAACUACCUUGCAAAGUGUGUCCUCAGGGGAAGCGUUGUUCUACAGGUCGCUUAUGGUCAUCUCCGCUCUCCGUCUUCCUUCGACGUCGUUUUCGGCAAGGAGACGUCCAUAGAGCUGGUAAUAAUGGGUGAAGAUGGUAUUGUGACAUCUAUCUGUGAGCAGACUGUAUUUGGUACCAUUAAGGAUCUUGCCAUUCUACCUUGGAAUGAGAAGGUCUGUGCACGAAAUCCACAGGUCUGCACAGAAACCUAUAAUGGAAGCAUUAUGCGUGGGAAAGACCUGUUGAUUGUUAUUUCUGAUUCUGGAAAGCUAUCAUUUCUCACAUUUUGCAUUGAGAUGCACAGGUUUUUUCCCGUGGCCCAUGUUCAGCUUUCUGAUCCUGGAAACUCAAGGCAUCAACUUGGAAGAAUGCUAGCUGUUGAUUCCACUGGCUGUUUCAUUGCUACUAGUGCUUAUGAAGAUCGAUUGGCUCUUUUUUCCCUUUCAAUGUCUGCUGGGGAUGAUAUUAUUGAUGAGAGAAUAUUUUAUCCUCCUGAAAAUGAAGGCAGUGUGAGUUCUACCAGAAGUGCCCAAAGAACUAGUAUACGUGGUACAAUAUGGAGCAUGUGCUUUGUUUCAAAAGAUUCUUUCCAACCAAACAAGGAGCACAAUCCUGUUCUAGCCAUUGUUCUGAAUAGGAAAGGAAAUGCCCUGAAUGAACUGGUUUUGUUGGGAUGGAAUAUUAAAGAACGUGCAGUUUAUGUUGUUUCGCAAUAUCUUGAAGCUGGACCACUAGCACAUAGCAUUGUCGAAGUACCUGAUUCUUGUGGAUUUGCAUUCCUAUUGAGGGUUGGUGAUGCUCUCCUGAUGGAUCUUAGUGAUGCACACAAUCCCCAUUGUGUGUACAGAACAACCUUAAACUUUUCAGGCCAUACACUAGAAGAACAAAAUUUUAUUGAAGACUCAUUUAGAGCACAUGAUGUUGAUGAUGAAGGCUUAUUUAAUGUUGCUGCAUGCGCUUUACUUCAGCUGAGUGAUUAUGAUCCGAUGUGUAUAGAUGGGGACAGUGGCAAUGGAAAAUUUACCUGCAAACAUGUAUGCUCAUUUAGUUGGGAACCAAAAAGUGAUAGAAGUCCAAGGAUGAUUUUUUGUCUUGAUACUGGAGAAUUUUUCAUGAUUGAGAUUUCUUUUGAUUCUGAUAAUCCGAAAGUGAAUAUAUCUGAUUGUCUCUACAGGGGUCAACCUUGCAAGUCCCUUUUGUGGGUGGAUGGUGGGUUCCUGGUAGCAAUUGUAGAAAUGGGGGAUGGUCUGGUCCUUAAGGUAGAAAAUGAGAGGCUAAUAUACACAAGUCCUAUUCAAAAUAUAGCACCAAUCUUGGACAUGUCAAUAGUGGAUUACCAUGGUGAGAAACGUGAUGAAAUGUUUGCAUGCUGUGGUGUUGCACCAGAGGGAUCAUUAAGAAUUAUACAAAGUGGUAUUAGUGUUGAAAAGCUUUUAAAGACUGCUGCUAUUUACCAAGGCAUAACUGGAACUUGGACAGUUCAGAUGAAAGUAGAAGAUUCUUAUCAUUCUUUUCUUGUGUUAUCAUUUGUUGAAGAAACUAGGGUACUUUCAGUUGGAUUAAGCUUUACUGACGUUACUGAUUCAGUUGGUUUCCAACCUGACGUAUGUACUUUGGCAUGUGGCCUUGUGGGUGAUGGUCAGCUUGUCCAGAUUCACCAAAAUGCAAUUAGGCUUUGUUUGCCUACGAAGGCUGCCCAUUCUGAAGGUAUCCCUUUGUCUUCUCCAGUUUGCACAUCUUGGUCCCCAGAUAACAUAAGUAUUAGUUUGGGGGCAGUUGGGCAAAAUUUGAUAGUUGUCUCUACUUCUAAUCCAUAUUUUCUAUUUAUUCUUGGGGUCAGAUCACUAUCUGCAUAUCAUCAUGAAAUUUAUGAAUUACAGCAUGUGAAAUUGCGGUAUGAAUUAUCAUGCAUAUCAAUACCAAAGAAGCAUUUUGAGCCAAGGCAUUCAAGCUCUUCCUUAAAUCCGGUGGAUAAUAUCCACACGGCUGUUCUUCCUGUUGGAGUUGGCAUGGGUAUCACCUUUGUUAUUGGUACACAUAGGCCUUCAGUCGAAAUUCUGUCAUUUACACCUCAAGGUCUUAGAGUUCUUGCUACUGGAACAAUUUCACUAGCAAGUGCUAUGGAAACUGCUGUUAGUGGUUGCAUUCCUCAAGACGUAAGGCUAGUACUAGUUGAUCAGUUUUAUGUUCUGUCAGGGUUGAGGAAUGGAAUGCUGCUUCGAUUUGAGUGGCCAUCUGCUGUUGCUACUUCUUCAUCAGAAUGUUGUAGUUCUACUAGUCCUCUUCCGGAAAAUGUUGAUAGAGUUUUAUUGAAUACAAAAACUGCAAAUUUAUUCGGUUCAGAGAUAUGUGCUGUUAAUGUGAGUGAGAAAGAUGACCUUCCUAUUAAUCUUCAAUUGAUUGCGACCCGUAGAAUUGGCAUUACCCCCGUUUUCCUGGUUCCCCUGAGUGAUUCACUUGAUGCUGAUAUUAUAGCUCUCAGUGACAGGCCUUGGUUAUUGCAUACGGCUAGGCACAGCCUUUCUUAUACUUCUAUAUCAUUUCAACCUUCCACACAUGCAACCCCUGUAUGUUCUGCUGAAUGCCCUAAAGGAAUUUUGUUUGUCACAGAAAACAGUUUACAUUUGGUGGAGAUGGUGCACGGUAAUCGGCUUAACGUGCAGAAGUUUCAUCUUGGAGGCACUCCUCGGAAGGUCCUGUAUCAUAGUGAAAGCAAGCUUUUAAUUGUGAUGAGGACCGAUCUAAGUAACGAUACAUGUUCUUCUGAUAUUUGUUGUGUCGACCCCCUUACUGUCUCUGUGGUGGCAUCUUUCAAACUGGAACUUGGAGAAACAGGAAAAUGCAUGGAGCUAGUUAGGGCUGGAAAUGAGCAGGUUCUGGUUGUUGGAACUAGUCUGUCUCCUGGUCCAGCAAUAAUGCCCAGUGGUGAAGCUGAAAGCACCAAGGGCCGUCUAAUUGUCCUCUGCAUUGAACAUGUGCAAAAUUCAGAUAGCGGUUCAAUGACGUUCUCUUCUAUGGCUGGGUCAUCUUCCCAACGAAACUCACCAUUCUGUGAAAUUGUUGGCCAUGCCAAUGAACAACUAUCAAGCAGUAGUAUAUGCAGUAGCCCAGAUGAUACUAGCUGUGAUGGAAUAAAACUGGAAGAAACUGAAGCAUGGCAGUUGCGGCUAGCUUAUGCGACCACUUGGCCUGCAAUGGUACUUGCAAUAUGUCCAUAUCUAGAUCAUUACUUCUUGGCUUCUGCUGGUAAUACUUUUUAUGUAUGUGCUUUUCUAAGUGGUAAUCCUCAAAGGGUGAGAAGAUUUGCAUUAGCGAGGACGCGGUUUAUGAUAAUGUCAUUGACUGCACAUUCUACUAGAAUUGCAGUAGGCGAUUGUCGUGAUGGCAUUCUUUUCUAUUCAUAUCAUGAGGAGACCAAAAAGCUGGAUCAAACAUACUGUGACCCAUCCCAGAGGUUAGUUGCUGAUUGUGUUCUUACAGAUGUUGAUACUGCUGUUGUUUCAGAUCGUAAGGGCAGCGUUGCUGUCUUGUCUUGUUCAGAUCGUCUGGAAGAUAAUGCAAGUCCUGAACGCAACUUGACACUGACUAGUGCAUACUAUAUGGGUGAGAUUGCCAUGAGCAUCAGGAAGGGUUCAUUUAUUUACAAACUCCCAGCGGAUGAUUUGUUGAACAGCUGUGAGGGUCUUAAUGCGAGUGUUGACCCUUCACAUGGUACUAUAAUGGCCAGCACGCUCCUAGGAAGCAUAAUGAUCUUCAUUCCUAUAUCAAGGGAGGAGCACGAACUGUUGGAAGCUGUCCAAGCUAGACUCAUUGUUCAUCCCUUGACUGCUCCUGUACUAGGCAAUGAUCAUAAUGAGUACCGAAGCUGUGAAAACCCGGCUGGAGUACCAAAGAUACUCGACGGUGACAUGCUAGCUCAAUUCUUGGAGCUUACAAGCAUGCAACAAGAGGCUGUGUUAUCAUUUUCCAUUGUUUCUCCAGAUACACAUAAGUUGAGUUCAAAACAACCACCUUCACGUAUCCCUGUCAAGAAGGUAGUGCAACUUCUUGAGCGGGUCCAUUAUGCCUUGAAUUAAUCAGAGCUUUCUUUUUUCCUGUCUGAUAUUUUAUCACAAGUCAAGAAGACAACUUGAGGCAUUCUACUGAGGAGAACAAGAAAACAAAUGGCUUGUGGUUCUAUUUUCACUUAACAUUGAAGUGCCAACCAAGGUCCGUCAAAAGGAGCUAGUAUUAGGGCUGGGCACAAGAUGAUAGACUGCCAAAACCUCACAGCUGCAAUAAUGCAUAUAUUCCCAAAAUUAUAUAUAUAUGUUACAGAGUCUGCAGGGUAGACAACAGCUGCACAGGGAGUAGAUAUUUGAAGCAUGGGUAAAGUUGCUGCUAUCCUUUCAUUGUAAGUAAUAUUUUGUAUAGUAGAUGUUUUGUAGAUGAAAUUGAAAGGCCUGGAAAGCAAUUGAAUGGGCUUUUCUUCCACCCCUCUUUAGGCCUUUGUUCUUUGUAAUAUUCAUGCAUACCGAGCAGCAAACAAUUCAUGUUCCUGUUCACGUGUUCGAAGGCUCUAUCAAGUGCAAUAUUUGUUUCAUUGGCAAUCUCCUCAGGUUCUGAAGCAGUAAAAAGCUUAGCCUUUAGCAGACUUUGGUCUCUAUGGCUGUAGCUGGUUGCAAGUCAGUGUUGAAGAGCGGAGGCAGGAAUAUCUUGUAUCAUGAUGGGGCCUGCUAUCUGAUCAACACAAAUAUUCAAGAAAUCUUCUGACGCUCAAGUCAUCAAUUUUUUGUAAUAAUUAAGCAUUGGGAUACUCUCUUCAGGUCAGCAGAAACUUGUGCUGCCCUGUGCAGUUGGAUUUCUUGGCAUGAGGUCAGAGCUUUUUGAUUUCUGUUUUCCUUGGCUGUUGAAGACAUUAGCCUGCAAAUUGUCAAUGUAAAUGCUGUAUCAGUUUCACACCUUGUGUACGUUGAAAUUUUGACAAUGAUAUGACAACUAUUUGAUAGUUGGAAGGGUGUCCUUCAAAGAAUUAUUUGAUUCUUUUGGUUUUCCAAUUGCAGUCUUCAUAGU